CAUACAUGAGGAGAGGGAGGCAGGAGAGGAGCAAACAGACAACACAGCUGCUAUCUGCAGGCAGGAUAAGACGUGGUGCUGCUUCCAACAAUACAUGAGCCACUACUGUAUGUGCACCUUUCCUCUGAAACUUUGCACAAAGUAAGUGAUCUGCAAUUGUUUGGCUUCUAGAGCUGUAAAUGUUUUAAGAGAUUGGAGGUAUUAGUGCAGAUUAUAGGGAUAAUGGACAGUAUGUCAAUAGCUAAUCUAUGCCCCCAGAAGCAGUGGAAUGAUUGGAAAAGAGAGAUGGAGGAGAACAGGAGGAAAAGACUGUGGGAGAGGAUUAGACGCUGGGUUAAAGUGGAGGCGAGUGAUGAGGAAGAAGAGGAUAGUGUAGAUGAGGAAGGUGAGGACACAGACAGCUGCGAAGAGGAUGGGAGUGAGGAAGACAAUGAACCAGUGGAAAAGGGAGAAGAGGAGGAAGUAGUGGAGGUGAAAGAAGCAGAGGAAUUUGAAGAAGUGGAGGUAGAAGGAGAAAGUAGUCAGAAGAAAGGGCUUAAAAAGAAUAACGGAGAUGAGGAGGAAGACUGGGAGAUGAGUGAUGUGAGUGGAAGGACAGGUGUAGAGGAAGAGGAGGUGAAGAAGGAGGUUAAGGAGAAUGAGGAUUCAGUUGAGGAUGAGGAGAAAGAGGUCAAAGAAGAAGGGGAAAAUAAGAAAUGGGAGGAGGAAAGGGAAGAUGAGGUGGAGAGUGGGGUUGAGGACAAAGAGGAGGUGGUAGAGGAGGAAGAAUGGGAGCUGAAGGAAGCAGAGGAGUACAAAGAAGAGGAGGUUAAAAGAGAGAGCGAUCUAGAGAAGGAGCUUGAAGAGAACAUACAGGGAGAUGAGAAGGACACAGAGAUGGAUGAAGCAGAUGAAAGAGUAGAUAUGGAGGAAGAGGAGGAAAAGGAAGAAAAUGAGGAGGAGAGGGAGGUUCAGAAGAACAAGCAGGUGGAUGAUGGUGAGGAGAUAGUGGUAAAGGAAGCAGGGGAAGUUAAGAAAGUGGAGCAACAGGGAGGAGAUGAGGUGGACAGAUGGGUUAAGGAGAAAGAGGAUGAGGAGAAAGAGUGGGAGGCGAUUGAAACAAAUGAAUUUGAAGAGUUUGAGGGAGAAAGUUGCCAGGAGGAGGGGCUUAGCAAGAACAAAAAAGGAGACAAGCAGAUGACUGAAGCAGAUGAAAGCGUGGACGUGGCGGAAGAGAAGGGACAGGAAGAUAAUGAGAUAGAGAGGGAGGUGAAGGAGAAUGAGGAGGUAGAUGAGGAGGAAGAGUGGGAGAGGAAGGAGGCAAAGGAAAUGGAUGGAGAAAGAGAAAAUAAGGUUAAGAGGGAAAUGCGUGAGAGUGAGAAGGAUGAGGAGCUUCAGGAACAAGAGCAAAGUGGAAGAUAUCACCUGGAAGAACAAGUCACAGAACAAAUACCAGUUGACAACAUUCAGCAAAACCAGGAAAGUGCUGCACAUGAAAAUGACACAGUCAAUGAUUCAGUGGAGUUAAUGAAUGAAGACUCUGAGAAUGAAUUUCACAACUUGGAGAGACUUAAAGUUGAAGACCAAUAUGCUGAGAAACAGCAUGAAGAUUCAGAUAAAUUAGAAGAUCCUGGUGAAAAGUCAUGGAGAAGUGAAAAUGAAGUCUUUGGAGUUUGGACUACCCAGGAAAGAAAUAAAGAAGAUGAAAGUGAGAAAUUGACAGAUGAAGAAGGAACUGCCACAGAAUCUUGGACAUCUCAAGAGGAGUUUCAAUACUAUCUUAAAAGUCUUCAAGAAGAAGAUUCUAAAGAUGAGGAGGAAGCAGCACAUUCGAUGGAUGAGGAUGGGGAAGGUAGUGAUGAAGAUGAGGUGAAGGAUUAUAGCAAAGAUGAUUACCCUACAGACAUAUUCCUUGCCUUGAAUGAGUUCAGGGAAUCCUCCCUUCUUACCGACCUUACUUUGAGCACAGAUGAUGGAAAAACCUUCCAAGUCCAUUCUCCUGUCCUGGCUGCUGUCAGCUCCCUUAUCUGGAAACAUCUGAAUAGAAGGAAAGUAGAAAACAUGAGAGCUCAUGAAAGACAAGAUGAUGAUACAAAUGCAGGAGCCCAGAGGUGGUCAGUCUAUCUGGGUCCAGAGGUGGAUCAUGUUGGAUUAGAGACGAUCGUGGAGUUUGCCUACACUGGACUCAUAUCAAGUCUGAACGAGGACAAUGUGGACCAGAUAAGGGCUGCAGCUCAAGCGCUGGGUGUGAGCAGGGUCCUGAAUCUCUGCACCCAGCAAGAGGAGGAACCCACAAAAACUGGAGGCCAGAAGAAAAAGGAACGGACCUCUGCUGCACAAGAAAUGAUGAUCAGUCUUGAGUCCAUCAAGCAACUGUGGAUGGACCGAGUGGGCUGUGAUGUGAUUCUGGAAGCUCUUGGGGCAUCGCUUCAUGUCCACAGAGUCAUCCUAGCUGUAAGUAGUGACUACUUCCGUGGCAUGUUCACAUUGGGAAUGAAGGAGUCCCAUCAGCCAUCUGUGACCCUGCCCCUCCUGUUGGCCUCAGAGCUGGAAGCUCUAAUUGACUGUUCCUACAGCGGCGCUCUCCCUCUCAGCUGGAGGUGCGUCUUCGAGCUCACCAGCACUGCUCUCCAGCUCCAGUACCAGCCUGCCCUCUCCUUGUGCCUCAACUUCCUGCACCAAGAAAUAACCCCUGACUCGUGCUUGGAUGUCAUUUCCUUUGCUGAGGCCUAUGGGAUGACACAGCUUCUUGAAGUUGCUGACGAUUUUGUCUUGCGGCAAUUCCAAAAGGUGGCAUGCACCUCAAAGUUCAAGGAUCUGCCAGCCAGACAGCUCCUGAAGUAUCUGAACAGUUGCUCAUUAUGUGUUCCAUCUGAGCUUGUUGUAUUCAAAGCAGUAGCGGCCUGGAUCCAAGCAAAGCCUCGCAUCAGAUCUAGACUAGCCAAAGACCUCAUGAAAACCAUCCACUUUCCCCUGAUGACAUUCAAGGAAUUCAAAGAGGUCCAGUCUCAGAACAUGUGGUCUGAUCACAACUUGUCAGAGCUGUAUAAAGCAGUCUUUGAAGAUUUCUGCUCCACUGAGCCUGCAAUGGAGAAUAAGUGCCGCAUCUAUUUGCCGAAAGAGAGCCUGGUCUUGAUUGGAGGCGACCAGAUCACUGAAGACCUGGUGAGACGCAACAUCAGCAGAGAGCUCUGGUUCGGGAAUUCCUUGAGGAACCAUACCGGGGUGAAAAAGGCCAUGGAGUGGAGAAAGUUGGGAGAGAUGCCAGAGCCAGAGAGGUUUCGUCAUGAGGUGGCUGUGCUCAAAGGUCAACUUUAUGUGUUUGGGGGCAAGAUGUAUUAUGGUAUCAAUGAUACCCUGAGUUCUGUUUACAGGUAUGAUCCUCUUCAAAAUAGCUGGGAGAGCCUGGCUGAUAUGCAGGAGAAGAGGUGCUCUUUCUCUGCAGUUGUACUGGAUGGAAAUAUAUACACCAUCGGUGGACACUGUCACCCUGACUACAUAGACAGUGUUGAACGAUACUGCGCCACUACAAACACUUGGAGCUUCACCUGGCCCUUGGAUCUGCCUCUUAGCGGGCAUGUAGCGAAGGUUGCACAAGGCCGGCUCUUUGUCUCAGGAGGGCAAAACAGCGACUACCUGUGUCUUGCAUCCAUGUUUCUGUACCACCCAGAGACAGGAAGCACCUAUCUGGCAAACAUGCCCAAACCUCGAGCUCAUCACUGCAUGGAGACCCUUGGCGAACAUCUUUAUGUAGCAGGUGGAGUCACCACAGCUGACAACAUGACUGUCGUUGACCAGCUAGCUUGUGAAGUGUACAGUCCAGCAGAAGACUCCUGGACUGCUUUUACAUCGCUGUCGGUGCCUCACGUUGGAGCGGCAAGUGCAGUUUUGGAGGGAAAGUUUUACGUGCUGGGCGGAUACAGCCAGGAGGACUUCAGUGACACUAAGAUGGUCCACCGGUACGAUAGAGCCACAUGGAGAUGGGAGAACAUGGGAAAGAUGCCUGGGCCAAACAGUGACAUAAGAGCAUCUGUGCUGUAUUUGCCGCAACAUUUCCGAAUGUAA